CCAGCGGCAGGGGCGGGGAACAGGAGGAGCAGGCCCACUGACGGGGAGGUGGUGGGGGGAGAAGUGGUUGCUCCCCCCCGCACUGCCGCCACCUAUAAGGAGUAAGGGGGGGAGGCGAGGCCAGCUCCCAUGGUCUUGCCACUCCCCCUCCAUCCCCUGUGUCCAGACCAUCAUGGCAGUGCUCCACCGCCGCCAGCCCCUAUUCGAACACUUGUUCACACUCUGAUUGGCCGUUUGCGAAUAAAGCGUUACAGACAGACAGACUUAGGCUUUUAUAAUAUUAGAAUACUUACAUUAGACUUCAUUAUUUCCCGUGCUUGUCCUUUUAAGAGUUUGUACAAGGUUACGUUGGACAUCAUGAUCAAGAGCAGGGUGUGCAAAAUCUUUUGGCAGGGACUGAGAAGAUUCAAAGAAUUUCAGUUCAUUUACGUGACUACUGAAGCAUGCCAGACCUUUGGUGUGGAAGGCGAGAAGUGUACCAAACUGUCCUUCAACUACAAUGAGUUCAAGAUCAGAAAGGAUCACCUUCCUCUCAGAGCAAUCCAGAUAACCAAGAAGAAACCAGAAUGGAGGACUGAGAAGGAAAUUAAGCUGUUACAAAACUGCUUGCAGUUGCUAGAAAGCUACCGAAAUUAUAGCCCAAAUCUACAGCAUCUUCUGGCUAAGGUGAUUCGCUUUGAAAGCUUUGGACGCAGAAGAGUCAUCAUCAAGAAGGGGCACUAUGGAAACACUUUUUACUUCAUCUAUUUUGGUACUGUUGCUGUUACUGAGGAUGAGGAUGGUAACAGUGCCUUUCUGGAUGGAGAUCCAACUUUGCUUCGGAAGGGUGCUGCAUUUGGAGAGAUUGCUCUUUUAAAGGGAACAAGGAGAGUUGCUACGGUUGUCUGCAUGGAAGAAACUGAACUGCUGGUGGUAGAUAAAGAAGACUUCUUUGCUAAUAGACUAGAUGAAGAGCUUCAGAAAGAAUUACAGUAUCGUUACACCUUUUUCAAAGGUUUAGAUCUCUUUCGAACAUGGCCCGAGUACUCAAUAGAGAAAAUAGCUAAUCACUGCAGAGCAGAGAAGUUUCAUGAUGGACAAGUGAUUGUUAGGGACAUUGUGGAGUCAACCAGCAUAAUAUUCAUUACAAAGGGAACAUGUGAAGUUUUACAUCUGGUUGAUCUCACUGCUUGUCCAUCCUAUCACAAGUGGAUCUGUCAGCAAAUGGAUCUUCCCAAAUAUAAUCCUCAUUCCACAAUGGAGACUGGUGCCACAGGAAGAAAAAAAUUCAAUGAUUUUAUGUGGAAAUCCUUUCCUGUACAAGACAUGAGUAAUCUGAAAUCUCUGUAUAUCCUGCCUUUGAAGCACCACAGAGAUGAAUGUUUUAAAAAACCUAUCCAUUUUAUAAAUGGCAAACAUGAAAAUAUAAACAGAAAGCUGGAGAAACGAAAGAGAGAUGACAAAAACAGGCUUUGUAGAUUUGACAACAGCUUCAUUGGGGAUGAAGGUGAGAGAGAAGUUGUUCAGAACGAAGUAUUGGGGCUUAUACGAAAGAAGCUAACCAUUCUCACACCGUGUGGAGAACUACCCACAGCUCUUGCUGCAGCAGUUUAUACAAGAGUGGAUGAAGUCCAUGCGGGAGAAUUCUUGGUGCGUACAUUUAGAGAGAAAGGUUACUUUAACAAACUUGAAUUCUAUGUGGCAAGCAACAAAUCUUCAGCGUCCCAGAAAAACCAAGAGGCAUCAUAUCCUCAUACCUCAGAGUGUUCUGAGAUGGAGAGCUUAUGCAAAUCAGCUUUCCAUACCCUAUGGCCCAUGUAUUUAGUGGUCAGUUUUAUAAUAGAGAAUUCCUCUGCAGAGGAGAGGACAUUAAAUGCUUUGUUCUGUGCAAAUUCUGUGCCUGGUGAAGGGAGCAUUUUCCCAGAAGAAUUAUAUAGUCUCCAAGUCUGUGGAUCACAAAACAACCCUCCCUGCAUCCAAGUACUUAACUCUUAUUCUGCAUUACUCAAUGCAAACAACAGCAGCAUUCAGAUACAUGUGUACAGAAGUCAACAGAGACUCAGUGAUGUGCAGAUAGCGUUCUUUGUUUUGUUUUCCUCUCAGGGGAUCAGUCAGCAUCUCUUACCAGAAUAUAUGCAAGAUAAGCGAUGCUUCGUUUUGGUUAGCCAAGGAGCUGAGAUAAUACGGUUGAAAAAAGACAGGUUUGAGGAGUUAGCAGAUGAUACAACAAUAAUGAAAUUACACAAAAUAAAGACCACAUACCCCAGUGAUGAUGAGCUUUGUCAGAAGUUCCUAAAACAAAACAACUGGAAAAUGUUCAGGAAAGAUCUGGUGAAUUUUAUAUUGAACCAAAAAUUCAUGAUGAUGGCAAGCCCUCCAUCUGCAAAGCCCAAGGAAGAUGCUAAUAGUUCCUGGAGUGUGAAUCGAGCAGGUGUUCUGGACUUGGCUGCUCUUCGCCAUCCUGCUUCUUCAGGUACUAGACAACAACAACACAAAUUUGUCCCGGUCCAAACACAACAAAGACAGGAUUCUCAGGCCCUUCCCAAUAUAGAGUUAAGGUUGAUUCAUGGCAUUGCUUUACCACGGCCUAGUUUGAAAGGAUUGUUUUAGUGAGCGUAAAAAAGUCAGUCAGACCAGCAGGUUGAAAAGUACAAAUGCAGCUUAACAAAACAAAAAGUGAAACGGUAUUUUUAUUUGUUAAAAAAUGUUAAAAAUAAAUUAAAAUAUAUUUUGUUGUU